AUGCCGGCCACCAUCUCCGACGCACCGGCCGUCGCCCUUUCCUUUGCGAAUAACUUCUGGGGAAAGGACGAUGCCGGUGUUCCGCCGCUCUUGGAGCGCAUGCAUAAUGCGAAGCAGACAUGCGAUGAGCUGCGCGCCUUUUACGGUGCCCGCGCAUCGAUCGAGGACGAGUACGCGCGCAAGCUGAUGUCACUCUCGCGCAAGUCGCUUGGCUCACAAGAAACGGGCACGCUCAAGUCGUCGCUUGACAUAGUCCGCGGCGAGGUUGAGUCGAUGGCGAAACAGCACCAGCACGUCGCAGCGCAGAUGAAGAGCGAGCUGGAAGAGCCACUGGCCGCGUUCGCGGGGGCCAUGAAGGAACGGCGCAAGAUCGUGCAGAACACGGUCGAAAAACUGCUCAAGACGAAAGUCCAGCAGACGCAGCAGGUCAACAAGACGCGCGACCGGUACGAACAGGAGUGCCUCAAGAUCAAGGGGUACUUGGCGCAGGGCCACAUGGUGAUGGGCCAGGAGGAGCGCAAGAACAAGGCCAAGCUGGAGAAGACGCAGAUCAGCUUGGCGACGUCCAACACCGAGUACGAGGCCGCGGUUAAGGCGCUGGAAGAAACCACGGCGCGGUGGAACCGCGAGUGGAAGGCCGCUGCGGACAAGUUCCAGGAUCUCGAGGAGGAACGGCUGGACUUUACCAAGAGCAGCAUGUGGAACUUUACCAACAUCGCGUCGACGGUGUGCGUCAGCGACGAUUCGUCGUGCGAGAAGAUCCGGCUUUCGCUGGAGAAGAUGGAGGUCGAGAAGGACAUCUUCACUUUUAUCAAGGAGCGCGGCACAGGGCAGGAGAUCCCGGACCCCCCCAAGUACAUCAACUUCUGCCGCGGGGAUGUCGACGCGCAGUCGGAGGUGUCCGAAGACGACAACUACUCGGUGGCCCAGUUUCCGCGCAGCAUCAACCCGGCCUUCCGCUCGUCGUCGCCGCAGCCGUCCAUGUUUGAGUCGCACCACGACCCCAACUCGGCCCUAGCGCGGGAUUUGGGUCUGGGUGAUGCCACGACCCCGCGCGGUCGUGAGGUGACUGCGACGCCGUCCAAGGUGCCUGCGCUUCCGCCCCCUCAGGAGUUGCAGCAGCAGCAACAGCAGCUCCAGCUUCAGCAUCAACAGCAGCAACAACCGCCGCAGCCGCAGCCGCAGCCGCAGCCGCCGCAGGCUAAUAACAACAACAAUAUCGAGUACGAUCCCAACGAGUUUGCCCCUGUCCCGCACGACCCGUACCCGAUGGACGGCAUGACCAUGCUGUGCCGGCCGACAGCCUCGGACCUGAGCACGGCGCCAUCGUCGUCGUCUGCACGGCCCUCUAGCAGAGACUCGCACAGCGAGACGUCGUUCUCGAGCCAGGAGCCGCCCGGUGGCGGUGCCGGGUCGCCGCAACAGCAAUUGCAGCAUCGUCAACAACAGCAGCCACAGCAGCAGCAGUUGCAGCAACAGCAACAACAGCAGCAGCAGCAAGACUCUUCCCCCGCUUCGUCCCCCGACAAAAAGGUGCUCAAGAAGAAGAGUGGCUUCUUCCAGAACCACAGUCCGUUCCGGCGCAAGAGCACCAAGGAAGCCAACAACCCGGUCAACAGCCACCGCAAUACGUGGGCACCGUCCUCGGUACAAAACCGGCCCCAGCUGGCCGCAGCCCCAGGACCUCGCGAUGUCAUCGGGCCAGACCACCGCAGCGCCAGUCCCGACCCUAUCGCUGCCAACGCCAGCCUGGCCCUCAACGUCGGCAACAAUGUGUUUGCCGUGGACACCCCGGACCGCAAGAAGCAGGCCGCGGCUCCGGAUACCCCCGAGGACGAUCCCAUUGCGCUCGCCCUGGCCGAGCUGAAGAGCGUAACGGGCGGAGCUGGAGGCGCUGCCGGAGCAGCAGGAAAUGCUGGCGGUGGUAGAGCAGACGAAGGAAGAAACGGGCGCAUGUCAGCCGAUCAUUACCACGGCAUCUCCACCCCUACCCCGGGCACCGCGCGCAACAGCAUGAAUAACCGACACGACAACAGCGUCAUAGCCGCCGCCAAACGCGGAACCCCCCCGCCCUCCUACGACCAGCAAAUCCAAGUCGCCCGCCUCGGCGUCCCGCCCCCCGCAGUCACUUCCAAAGCCAUGAAAGAAGCCUCGUCCAAGUUCCAGGCCCAAACCCGCAGUCUCUUCAGUCCACUCAGCGACCGCCCCGGGUCGGGAGGCAGCACUAAUGGAUUCAACAACAGCGGAGGCAGCAGCACUCGCCCAGUCACCAGCCGAGCCAACAGCAGUGAUGUCCCGCGAGCCACCUCCCCCGCUCCGCCGAGGGGUGUCUCGCCCCGGCCCGGGUCACGCUACCAUAACCACAGCAGUCGUACCAAUAACGGCGCCAGCAGCGCGGCCAGCCACAGAUCUGUUUCCCCUGCGCCUGCUGCCCCGUACGCAUCAGGCAGUCAUCGCGGGUCCGUCUCACAACUCUCCCUUGCGUCACCGUCUUCACCAGCCGUUGGGUCGCCUACCAAACGGGGAUCAGAUGCGUAUUAUAACCCCAGCCCGCGCGGCAGUGUCAGCAACCAUAACACCCAGGAACCGUCCAUGGCUCGCUCCGUCAGCCCGGCACUUUACUCCCCUCGUGCGUCGGCCGCGUCACCUGUGCCUCCGUCGUCGCCGUACGCGAGGAAUGCGGCGAGUCCCGCGCCGGGGAGUACGUAUUCGCCACGGACGUCGGUACAGGAUCAUCAUCAGCAGCAUGGCGGACACUACCAGUCGCAGUCCGGCGGUGGGUAUGGACAGAGGCCGAGCAGUAGUAUGAGCAUGGGACGGGAGAGUAUUCAUAAUAUGGCUGUGCAGUUGGCGCCUGCGCCUUUGAGUAGUGGCGGCCGGGACAGCAACAACUAUAGCAACAACAAUGCUGGGCAAGACGAUGGGUACAGCAGUGCGGGCGGUAAUGGAUCUUCCAUGCGCGGACGACAUGGGAGGUCGAAUACGGCGAUGAGUAUGCAUGGGGGAAGAAAUGGGAGUGGGAGUGGUCCGGCGAAUGGGAUGAGCUUGUAUGAGGGCGCGGGACCGGUUGGGUCGAGGGUUAGGAGUAAGAGUGUGGCGGCUGAUCCGAGUCGGUAUACCAGGGAUGGGAGGGCGAUUUUGCAUUUUGCCCGCGCACUAUACAUGUACCAGGCCGCUAUCCCCGAAGAGCUCGGUUUCACCAAGGGCGAUGUCCUAGCGAUCCUGCGGCACCAAGACGAUGGCUGGUGGGAGGCCACGGUGCAGGGUGGCAGUGGACAGGUCGGGCUGGUCCCGAGUAAUUAUUUGCAGCCUUGCUAG